GCUGUAUUGCGGCUGAGCAGCUCAGCGGGCGGCGCAUCCAACUGGAUUUGGAUUAGCAGCAAGCACAGACCAAAGGCUGAAGACAAAACCGAUAUAAAGAUUGUUGCGACCGUCGGGUUGAUGUUGAAAGUUACCUGCACAUAUCUCAUAUUUCAGUAUUCUCGCCAUGACAGCCCACACACCGCGCCUGCAGGUGGACUUCUCCUGGAAGAAGUUCAAGGGCCUCAUCACAGACUCCAACAACCCUGACGCGGACCCUCUUUACAUUGUCCACUGGCAUGCUGUCAAGGCCCCGCACCUGGUUUUCAAACGGCCAGCAGACGACUACACAGUCGGCACUGGCACGCUGCACACAGUCAGGAUCAACGCAGACUAUGAGGUCGCCGGUCGGAAAGGCACCUUGGCUGCGCAGAAGCGAUUCAAGACCCUUUACACACACCAGUCAUAUGCCCUGUCCGACACUGACGAGCCAGUCACCCUGACCUGGACCAGCGAUAGCGGCUUCACGACCUGGGACUUUGUCUGCGUCGACGAGCGACAGCGACCGGUGGCAAAGUACACGGCCAAGAUCUGGGGGAUCAAGAAAAUCGGCUACAUCGAGUUUAUGGACGAUCUGGAACUGACUGAGGCGGCGCGCGACGAGCUGGUCGUCACUGGAAUGACGCUGUUCUACUGCAUGUGGCUGCGAGUCAACAACAUCUUCUCCCUCUUUGGCGCAGUCUUCCAUCGGUCGGACAAGAGUCAGUCGGCAGUAAAGAAGGAUGAAGGGGCUGAUUAAUGUUGAAUGUAUCAUUGUGGAAUCUCAUUCCUAUAUACACUGUUAGACAGAAUUAGCAAAUAUACCCAGACCUGAGUGCUAGAAAGA